AUGGCGACGACCUCGUCGAUGUUUAUGUACUCCCUGACGAUCCAACCGCCCACCGCUAUCACUCAGGCGAUCAUCGGCCAAUUUGCGGGGAUCAAGGAGCAGCAGAUCGUCAUUGCUUCUGGCUCGAGGCUAUCAAUCCACGAGCCGGAUUCACAUCAGGGCAAAAUUCGAGCUCUGUACUCGCAGGAUGUGUUUGGGAUCAUUAGGUCAUUGGCGGCGUUCAGGCUUGCAGGGAGCAACAAGGACUAUAUUAUUAUCGGCUCUGAUUCUGGCCGGAUUACCAUUGUCGAGUAUGUCCCGUCCCAAAAUCGAUUCAAUCGCAUUCACUUGGAGACAUUUGGCAAAUCCGGUAUUCGGCGAGUCGUUCCCGGCCAGUAUCUUGCGGUAGAUCCAAAGGGCAGGGCAUGCUUGAUAGCAUCUGUGGAAAAAAACAAGCUAGUCUACGUUCUUAACCGAAAUGCUCAAGCAGAGCUUACUAUUUCCUCGCCACUUGAAGCGCAUCGACCUCAAACCAUAGUGUUUGCGCUCACGGCGCUCGACGUUGGCUAUGAAAAUCCGAUCUUUGGAGCACUCGAAGUGGAAUACACAGAAUCCGACCAAGAUCCGACGGGUAGCGCAUAUGAAGAAAGCGAAAAGCUGCUCGUCUACUACGAACUUGAUCUUGGAUUAAACCAUGUUGUUCGGAAAUGGGUGGAACCGGUUGAUCGUACAGCCAUGAUGCUUUUUCAAGUGCCGGGCGGAGCAGAUGGUCCGAGCGGUGUCCUGGUUUGUGCCGAGGGCAACAUCACCUAUCGGCACUCGAAUCAAGAUGUUUUCAGGGUUCCAAUUCCGCGCCGGAGCGGGCCCACUGAAAACCCAGACCGAAAGAGAUACAUCACCGCUGGCGUUGUUCAUAAAAUGCGAAGGGCAUUCUUCUGUCUCUUGCAAACCGAAGAUGGGGAUCUUUUCAAAGUCACCAUAGAUAUGGUUGAGGAUGACAAUGGUCAGCCUACUGGCGAAGUAAGAAGAUUGAAACUCAAGUACUUUGACACUGUACCAAUCGCAUCCAGCCUUUGCAUUCUCAAGAAUGGCUUCCUUUUUGUGGCUAGCGAGAACGGCAACCACCAUUUCUAUCAGUUCGAAAAAUUGGGUGAUGACGACGAAGAAACAGAAUUUACAAGUGACGAUUUCUCGUCAGACCCAUUGGAGCCGCUUGCGCCAGUAUAUUUCCGCCCACGACCCGCAGAGAACCUGAACUUGGUUGAAAGCAUCAAUUCAGUAAAUCCUCUCAUGAGUUGCAAGGUUGCGAACCUUACAGAAGACGAUGCCCCUCAACUCUAUACCCUAUGUGGUACCGGUGCGCGGAGCACUUUCAGAACUCUGAAACAUGGCCUAGAAGUGUCAGAGAUCGUUGAGUCUGAAUUACCCAGCGUGCCGUCAGCCGUCUGGACCACCAAGCUUACCCGAAACGAUCAGUAUGAUGCAUACAUCAUCUUAUCGUUUACCAACGGAACUUUAGUUCUGAGUAUAGGUGAAACUGUCGAAGAAGUCACAGACACAGGGUUUCUCUCCUCUGCGCCGACGUUGGCAGUGCAACAACUUGGUGAAGACUCGCUCAUUCAGGUUCAUCCCAAAGGUAUUCGCCACAUCCAUGCUGAUCGUAGGGUGAACGAAUGGCCGGCGCCACAACACAGAUCGAUUGUCGCAGCGGCCACAAACGAAAGGCAGGUUGCGGUCGCGCUUAGCUCCGGAGAGAUCGUGUAUUUUGAAAUGGACACCGAUGGCUCCCUCGCAGAAUAUGACGAAAAGCGAGAAAUGUCCGGAACUGUUACCUGUCUCAGCUUGGGAGAGAUUCUCCCUGGUCGUGUUAGAAGCUCAUUCCUUGCCGUCGGAUGUGAUGAUUCAACUGUUCGCAUCUUGAGCCUGGACCCAGACUCAACACUAGAAAACAAAUCAGUCCAGGCUCUAACGUCUGCACCAUCCGCCCUCUCGAUAAUGUCUAUGAUUGACUCCACUUCGGGUGGUUCCACACUCUACCUCCAUAUCGGACUGUAUUCUGGAAUAUAUCUUCGCACGGUACUAGACGAAGUUACCGGCGAGCUCUCGGAUACACGUACGCGGUUCCUGGGUCUCAAACCUGUGAAGCUGUUCAGUGUGUCGGUCAAGGAACAAAGAGCUGUCCUAGCUUUAAGUUCAAGGCCCUGGUUGGGGUACUCGGAUUUACAGACGAAAAAUUUCAUGCUCACACCUUUGGAUUAUGUUCCCCUUGAAUGGAGCUGGAAUUUCAGCAGUGAGCAAUGCGUUGAAGGAAUGGUUGGAAUUCAAGGCCAAAACUUAAGGAUCUUCUCUAUUGAAAAGCUCGAUAAUAAUCUCCUCCAAGAGACAAUACCACUUGCCUAUACCCCGCGACAUUUUGUCCGCCACCCUGAACACCCGCUCUUUUAUGUGAUCGGAGCUGACAACAAUAUUUUAUCUCCCGCUACGAAAGCUAAACUUCUUGAAGACUCUAAGGCUGUAAAUGGAGAAGCUUCUGAAUUACCGCCUGAAGAUUUUGGCUAUUCCCGGGGUACUGGUCACUGGGCAUCAUGCAUCCAAGUCGUUGAUCCAAUCAACAGCAAAACAGUCCUUUCUCGCAUCGAAUUGGAAGAAAAUGAGGCUGCUGUUAGCGUCGCCGCAGUUCCAUUCUCCAGCCAAGACGAUGAGACAUUUCUGGUGGUUGGGACUGGGAAAGACAUGGUGGUUAACCCUCCAUCUUCAUCUUGUGGAUAUAUCCACAUUUAUAGAUUCCAGGAAGAUGGCAAAGAACUUGAAUUUAUUCACAAGACCAAAGUUGAAUCUCCACCUCAAGCACUUCUAGCCUUCCAAGGUCGUCUCCUCGCUGGUAUCGGUACAAAUUUGCGAAUCUAUGACCUUGGGAUGAAGCAGCUCCUCCGCAAGUGCCAGGCUGAGGUUGUGCCGCGGAUGAUCGUCGGGCUUCAAACACAAGGCAGCCGCAUCAUCGUGAGCGAUGUUCAGGAGAGUGUUACCUACGUUGUCUAUAAGUAUCAGGAAAAUCGCCUUAUUCCAUUUGCAGACGACAUAAUCGCCCGUUGGACUACUUGCACAACAAUGGUUGAUUAUGAAACCGUUGCCGGUGGGGAUAAGUUUGGAAACCUUUGGCUCUUAAGAUGUCCUCAGAAAGCGUCAGAAGAGGCUGACGAGGAUGGCUCUGGAGCACAUCUCAUCCAUGAACGGCAAUACCUGCAGGGAGCACCGAACAGGCUGAGCUUGAUGAUUCAUUUCUACCCUCAAGACAUCCCUACAAGUAUUCAGAAAACCCAACUUGUCGCCGGAGGAAGAGACAUCUUAGUCUGGACUGGGUUACAAGGUACGAUUGGAAUGUUAAUUCCGUUUGUUAGUCGCGAGGAUGUGGAUUUCUUCCAGAGUCUUGAAAUGCAGCUUACUUCACAAACGCCUCCGAUUGCUGGCCGUGACCACUUAAUUUACCGGAGCUAUUACGCGCCAGCCAAAGGUACUAUUGAUGGCGACCUAUGCGAGACGUAUUUCACAUUGCCGAAUGACAAAAAAUUAAUGAUUGCCGGAGAACUGGAUCGAUCGGUUCGUGAGAUUGAGAGGAAGAUAUCUGACAUGCGUACCAAGGUGGCUUACUAA